UUUUUUUUACACGUUACGAUAUUGUUACACACAUCAAUUCCUGUUCACACCUUCUCAAAUGCACCCUGAUGACAAAGAAACAUGUCACCUGUAUUAUGUUCCAAAAAAAUACUUCUUGACUGAUUCCAUGGGAAAAGUGUAAUGUAUCAAUUGGUGGUUCUCAACCUCUCUGGCAGGUUCUAUCUGACCUGCUAGGAGACCUGGAGGCCUGCGAUGACCUGAAAGGUGGAGUUGUUGCUAACGGGGUAGCCUCUAACGACAAGCAGACCAUCAUCCAAAACCGCCAUAAGCAAAUGAUGGAUGUCUCUCGGGUCCAGACCACUCUGUCUGUUGUGGAGGAAGAGCGCGAUCGCUUCAUGACCAAGCUGCUGAACGAAGAGAAGUCCAGGAAAGAGCUGGAAGAGCAAUUUCAGAAGCUGGAGCAUGACAUCUUGUUGGUGAAAAGUGACAAGAACCACCUGGAGAACCAGUACAAGACCCUGCAGCAGAAGAAUGACAUCAUGACAGAGAUGUACCAGCAGAAGGAGAACGCUUUGCAGCAGAAGCUGACCAAGGAGGAGUUUGAGCGCCCCAACAAGGAAGACCGGCUGACGGAGAUGGAUGGCAAGGCCCUAGAGGAGGAGGUCAAGGUGUGUAGGCAGCGCGUUAAGGAGAUCCAGGACGAGCUGAAAUGGACCGAGAAGUUCUACAAAGCUCAGAUCAUUGAGCAGGAGCAGAAAUCUCACGAGAACUGGGUGAUUGCACGCGCCGCAGAGCGAGCUCUAAUCGACGAGAAGAAGGAAACAACUAACAUUCGUAACUUACUGACUGACAUGUCCAGCAAGCUGAAGGAGCUCUGUAGGCCUCUGUUCAAGCCCACCCCUGGGAUGGCUCCCAUGCCUCUCCUGACGAGGUAA